AUGAUUGUAAUAAAACGAGUUUUUAUCCUUUGUUUCCUUGUACUAUGCUACAUAGUAUUUCAAAGUAAUGCACUUCAAUGUAAAAUUUGUGAACAAAGUGAUCCAUCUUGUUUAUUUUCACGAGAUAUUGACAUACAACUUUGUGAAAAUGAGGAUGAUGUUUGUUAUUCAUGGCUUUAUCGCCGUGGAAUCGAAGUUGGAGUACGACGUGAUUGUAUAUCGAUUAGUUCUCCUCAAUAUAGUUUAAUCAAGGAAAUAAUUGGUACUAAAGACAACGCUUGUCUUAAACGUAUGGGUGGACUUGAUUGUUUUACAAUUUGUUCGACGGAUUUAUGCAAUUAA